AUGCCUCCAGCAGGGGGAUCAGGGCCGCGAGUUUCUCGGCUUCGUGCUGCUUCUGCAGCAGCAGCAGCAACAACAGCAGCAGCAAAGCGGGUCAGCAAGAGACGCACGCCCACAGCAGCAGCAGCAGGUACAAAGACAGCGGGAGCAGCAGCAGCAGCAGAUCUGCUGCUGGGGCCCCUCAAUGAAGAGGUAGGAGGACACCAGUGGGCCCCUCAUCGAUUUCCUUUUGGCUGCUGCCCUUGGGCGCUCUUAGAGGGGCCCCCGGGGGCCCCUGCGCGUACACCCAACGCCUCACGAAAGUCUCGCAGCAGCAGCAGCAGCAGCAGCAGCAGCAGCAGAGUUGGGAAUGAGGGUUUAUACGUGCUGCAGGUGCUGUCUUUAUCACCUGCAGUAUUGGAGUGUCUGCAGCAGCAGCUGCAGCAGCAGCAGCAGCAUGAAGAGCAGCAGCAGCAAGAGAAUGGGGAGGAGUCAGAGGCCGAGGCGCAGCAGGGGUGCUCUGCUUUUCCUGCUGCAGCAGCAACUGGGGUGUAUGUACACCCGCUGUCUCUUAAAGUUCAUUUGCUGCGGCCUGAGAUGCCUCUACCCUUCAUAGAUGUGCUAGUUGUUGGGGCCCCCUUCAUUGAGGGCCCCCGUGGGGUGUACGAGCAGCAGCAGCUCUCAGCAGCGAUUCAGCGAGCCCCUAAUUUAACUGCAGUUGUUAUAAGAGGAGACGCACGCUGGCUUCUGUCUCUCUCUGCUGCAUGCAUUAAAAAUAAAGCUUUGUCUCGUAUUAUACUUGAAGACCUUCCUGCAGCAGGAACCCCUCCCUCCACCUCCAGCAGCAGCAGCAGCAGCAGCAGCAGCAGCAGCAAGGGUUUGGGGGGUUUAAUUGGGGUGUAUAUACGUACUGUUGCAGCAAUGCCUGCAGGCUGCGGUGUCUGCAUGCGUCACUGUGGAUUGGGGCUUGUGGGGUUGAAGCUGCUGCUGCAGCAGCUGCUGCGUCAUCCGACUUUGCUGCGGAGGCUAAAAGAGUUUGAUAUAUCUUUUAAUAAUAUACCUGAGGAGGGGGGCCCCCUGCUAUUAGAUUUCCUAACAAAGACAGGGGGCCCCCCGCUGCUGCAGCAGCUGCGCCUAGGAGGAAAUCUGUGGGGCCCCCUAGCCCUAGAAGGCCGCCUUAAGAUUAUAGGGGCCCCCUUGAAAGAACUGUCUCUGCAUGCAUCAGUGGGGCUGGGGCCCCCUCCUUUACAGGGUGUAGGGGGCCCCCUGCUGCUGCAGGUGCUGUGGCUAGGGUCUUCAGAUGUCUCUCUUAGGCUGCUGCGACGUCUGCUGCUGCAGCAAGCAGCAAAAAUGCUUCUGCUGCACCUAGACCUCUCUUGCUGCGGUGGGGCCCUCAAUGAAGAUGACGUAGCUGCGCUGCUUGACGCACUCUACGGCAGCAGCAGCAGCAGCAGCAGCAGCAGCAAGCGCAGCACGAGGAACAGCGGAGCGCAGGGAGCAGCAGAAACCAAGGUUCAGGGGGCCCCUCUUCGCAGCCUCAAUCUCGCUAACAAUAAUUUAAGUGCUUCUGUGCUGCACUGUAUUGGGGGGGCCCUGGGGGCCCCCGGCUGUAUGCUGAGGUCUCUCGAUCUCAGCGGCAACCCGUGCGGUGUACAUACACCUGAAGAGGAAGAGGGGCCCUCUCCUCUAGAACCUCUUCUCAAUGCCUUGCAGGGCACUGGAGGGAGGGGCCCCUGUCCCUUAGAGUGUCUCUUCAUGAAGAACUGCAGCAUCAGCGCAGCAGAUUUGCUGCUGGUUGCUGCUGCGCUGCGUUCAAAUGGGGGGCGCCUCAAAGUGCUAGACUUGCGCGACAAUGCAGCAGCAGCAGCAGCAGCAGCAGCAGAUGAUGAUGAUGAUGAUGAUGAUGAGGAUGGUGAAGAGGAAGAAGAGGAGGAGGCUGAGGAAGAGCCCGCUGCUGCUGCUGCUGCACUUGCUGCUGCAGCGGCGGAAGCACAGGUGCUGCUGCUGCAUGAAAGCGAUUCUGCUGCUGGGACUGAGACUGCAGCAGCAGCAGCAGCAGCAGCACCGCGGCAGCAGCAUCCGUCAAGAAGAGCAGCAGCAGCAGCUGCAGCAUCUGCUGCUGCUUCUGCUGCAGUGCGAAGGGGCAAGCGAGGCCGCAGCGGCAGCAACCGCGGCAGCCGCAGCCGCAGCCGCUGCAGCAGCAGCAGCAGCAGCAGCAGCAGUGAGGAGACGAACCCACCAGACGAUUCUUCUGUCUCUUCAUCAAAGGAAAGUGUCUCCUUAAGGCGCAGGAGGGGCCCCCUAACCCGCAGGGGCAGCAGCAGGCUGGGGGCCCCCCACGAGGCCCUUGCUGCUGCAGCAACGCGGAGAACAGCAGCAGCAGCAGGGGAUCGGGGUGGUGAGGGUUUGCUGCAGGGCUAUACUCAAUGCCGCAGGAGUUUGCGUUAUAGAGGGGAGGCUUCAAAGGCAGGUGGAGGGGCCCCCCGGUCUUCUAACUCUAAGGGGGCCCCCCGCAGCGCAGCAGCAGCAGCAGCAGCAGCAGCAGAAGCAGAAGAAAUGCGCUUAGACAGUGGGGAGACUUCGUUGCUGUCGGACGUUACAGACAGCUGCGACAGCGACAGCAGCAGCAGCAGCAGCAGCUACAGGGAGGAGGAGGCCUCCAGCAGCACAGCCUCCGAGAGAGGGCCCUCUACCCGCCACCGGAAGCAUGCAGGCAACAGCAGCAGCAGCAGCAGCAGCAGCAGCAACAGCGACAGCAGCGGCAGCGAAGAAGAUCUUGCUGCAGCAGCAAGUGAAGAAGAGGAGACAGGAGACACUUCAGCUGAUGACACAACCAGCGACUCUGACUAUGAAGAUUCGCAGCCCAGCAGCAGGGCUUCCAGCCCUGCAGCAGCAGCACGUAAAGAAGCUGCAGCAGGAGAAGCUUUAUCUGCUGCUAGCAGCAGGAGGCCCUUGCGGCUGCUCCGAGGAGAUAGGGGGGCCCCCAAUAGGAGACAGGCAAGGGGGGCCCCCUGGGACGAACCCUCUGAGGUAGAUGUUAAGCUGCGAGAGAAGAGACAGGGGGGCCCCCUUGGGGGCCCCCCCACUACCUUAAAGAAACGGCAGGGUGCUUUAGGGGGCCUCCAAGAGGUACAGGAAGAGGUGAAGCAGGAUCCAGCAGAAGUUGCUGCUGCUGUUCCUGCUGCGUCUGCUGCUGCUGCUGCUACAACUGCUGCAGCUGCAGCAGCGGGAGCAGCAGACACCCCCCACCCCUUGCUGCAGGUUGAAGCACCAUCGGAAGCUCCAGCAGCAGCAGCAGCAGCUGCUGCUGCUGCUGCUGCACAGGGGCCCCCUAAGGGGUCUCCUGGUUUGCUGGGGGCCCCUCUAGGCCCUGUCUCUGUUGUUGCUGAGGCUGGAAGGAUCGGGGGGCCCCGGGAUAAGAGAGGGGGGCCCCCUAAAGGCGGGGGGCCCCCUGACUCUGGGGGGGCCCCUGUUGCAGUAUCUCGUUCAGUGCGAUCUUCAGGGCCUCCGAUUGCUGUCUCUUUUUCUGUUGGAGGGGGCCCCUAUCUCUCUUAUUUAAACGUAAAAGGAGGGUCGGGGGGGCCCCCCUCUGUAGCUUUACCGCGUCUACCAGCAGAUGCAGAGGGGCAGCAGCAAAUAAUAAAGGCUGUGGAGGAGUUAGGCGUAUUGCUGCUUCGUUCGUUUAUACCUAGGGAGACCCACCACUUCGUUGGGGUGUCUCCUUUAGGGGGCCUCCUAAGGGGGCCCCCUCAAGCAGUGCUGCUGGGUUUAAAGCUGCUAUUCUUCUCUCAGUUCUUAGAGGUAUCGAUGACAGAUCUAUGCUUGCUGCAGAAGCUCCGCAGCAGCAGCAGCUUGCCCCCUCUGCUGCGCUUGCUGCUGUCUCUGCUGCUGGAGGAGCUUCCCCGCACAAAUCUUACAUAUAAGUUCAGAGCAACAGGGGCCCUUGAUACAACAGAUCUCUUGUGUCUCCCAGGUUUGCUGCUGUAUGAUGGGGGCCCCUCUUGUCCAGCUGUAUGUGCAGCAGAGUUUAAAGUACUAUGGGAAAGGAGACACUGCUGCAGCAGCGCAGCAGCAGCAGCAGCAGCAGCUGCUGCUGCUGCUGCUGCUGCUGGUGCUCCUGCUGGGCAAAAUGCAAAGGCAGCAUACGGGGGCCCCAGGGGGCCCCCCACCUCUGUCUUUGAUUUGCUGCCGACGCCAAGCUGCUCAGAAGGCAACGCACCUCCAGCAGCAGCAGCAACAGCAGCAGCAACAGCAGCAGCAGAAGCAGGAGCUUCGAACUCCCUCUUCUCAACACCGCAGCGGAACUCAUCUUCACAGCAGCAGCAGCAACAGCAGCAGCAGAAGGAGGGGGGGGCCCCCUCGGGGGCCCCCUUCUUUGCUGCUCCGGCCCCUUUAAACCGAAUGAAGAGGGCCCCUCCAGGGUUCAGCGGGGGGCCCCUGCAGCAUGGGGGGGCCCCCAGUGCUCCUGCAUGCGAGGACCCCGAAGCAGCAGGCAUAGGUGCAGUAGCAGCAGCAGCUGCAGCAGCAGCAGCAGGAGGGUUAAGAGGAGACAGAGACGGCGAAGUAAGCGAAAGUCUGUUAAGCCCGUGCGGUGUAUCGCCACAUGAUAUGCGAGGGGGGCCCCUUCAGUUGGGGGGCCCCCCUUCAAUAUACUCUUCUGGGGCAUCAUUUACAGCUUCCUGUUCGCAGCAGCAGCAGCAACAGCAGCAGCAGCAGCAGCAGAAGCAGCAGCAGAAGGAGCAGCAACUUGUUUACGCUUGGGAAGACCCUGAAUGGCUGUAUAACAUUGAUAAAGUGCUGAGAGAUUUAGGGGCUGAUGUAAGCCCUUGCAGCAGUAGGGGCCCCCAGGGGGGCCCCUGCACCUGUCGUGAAGUACUUGUUGUUGAUGUUCAGACAGACGGAGCUCUAAGAAGACGUAUAUCAGAAGCGCAGCAAAUGGUCCUCUGCGACUCCGUGGGGAUACCGUGCAGACUGAUAAGGGGGCCCCAGGGGCCCCCUGGGGCCCCCGAGUUUGUUUAUAAUAUUGUGCUCAUUGGUUCAGGACAGGAGGCUGAGCUGGAGCACUUAAUGCCAAUCCUAUGGGGAGAUUCUCCUGAAGCGUUUGAAGGUGCGGGGGGCCCCCAGGGGGGCCCCCCAGGAGCAGCAGCAGCAGCAACAGCAGCAGCAGCAUUGGGGGCCCCCGAAGGGGCCCCCGAAGGCCCCUAUGAGGGCCCCUCUUCUUUCUUGCAACUCAAUCCACCUCAGCUGGGGGCCCCCCCCUGCAGCGGCAGCCGCUGCUGCAGUGUCUGUCUCCCUCCUAAACCCUGUACUUCGUCUCAGUGCAUUUAUUUGGCGACGCAGCAGCAACAGCAGCAGCAGCAGCAGAAGCAGCAGCAGGAACAGGAGCAGCAAAAGCAGCUGCAGCAAAGGCAGCAACAACUCGCAGCAGAAAGGGACCUCGAUCGUUUCCUGCUACAAGCGAGCGGAUGGCCAGGGUGUUCGAGUGGUGGGGUUGCUGCUGAUUUAGAUCUUGAUUAUUAUUUUACUUUUCACGACAAGUUAGGCAAAGGUAAUUUCGGAGAGGUCUGGAGAGUCUCUUUAAAGCCCCACGCAUUGCAUGCACCUCCUCACCACCAGACACGCAGCAGCAGCAGCAGCAGCAGCAGCAGAAGCAGCAGCAGCAGCAGCAGCAAGGAGGGGGACGAUGCCGGAGCAGCGCAACAGAAUCUUCCUCAAUAUGCACUCAAACUCGUCCCCAGAAUGUAA